AUGACAUUUGCUUGGAAAGCCGCUGGCAUCAGUUAUCUAAAGUAUUCACAAGUAUGUGCAAGAGCUGUACGUAAUGCUUUAAAAGAUGAACAUAAAGUGCUUGCACAAAGAAGAGAUGAACAAAAUAUUAAAUUUGCAAAAUGGGACCAGGGUAAACAAGGAGAUUUUAAUUAUGGUAUGAUUGAAGAAGAUUUAUAUAGAUCAGGACAGCCAAAUGAAUUGAAUUUUCCAUUUUUAGAGAAACUUGGUUUGAAAACUGUUGUUUGGUUAGCUCCUGAAGAACCAAAUCAACGAUUUAUAAAUUUUAUUGAUGACCAAGAAAUUCACUUUUAUCACUUGGGUGUAAUUUCAUCAACAACAAAUGCAUGGGAUCCCAUUACUGAAGAAGUGGUAUUAGAAGCUUUGGAAUUGAUUCUUAAUUCUCAUAAUUAUCCAAUGAUUAUUAUGUGUAAUUUAGGUAGACAUAGAACUGGUACUAUUGUAGGAUGUUUACGUAAAUUACAAAGAUGGAAUUUGACUUCAAUUUUCGAAGAGUAUCGUCGUUAUGCUGGUCCUAAAGUUAGAGUUUUAAAUGAACAAUUUAUUGAAUUAUUUGAUACUGACUUG